GAAGUAUGGAUUGCUCAUUUCCAUAUUCAUCUGUGCUAGCAUGGUGAAGUAUUUAAAGUUAUGUGACCUAUUUCCACCAUUAAGCUUCCGCUGCUGCAAAAUUGAAUUAACAUCAUUCAAUGAACAGAUUAUGAGCGAGCUACAAGAAUUGUAUGGAUCCCACCUGGUGAGAUUCAACUGUAAUAUCACAAGAUAGUUACAUUUUCUGAAUUAUGGGGGUAAACAACACACAUUUUAACCUAAAAUAGAGUAAGUGUUCAAGUUUUAUCAGCUGUGUAUUGUUUCCAUUUUAUAUGUUAGUUUUUAUAAAAGAAAAUGUACCAGUUCAGUAUGCAUCAGUCAGAACUUCAUGCUCAUAUAGCAGCUGCACAAUUGUGAGUUGCUUGUAUUCUAGAGAUGAUGCAGAAUAUCUCAGUUGUUAGUGAUUGCAGAAAUAUGUCUGAUACUAAAAUGUAAAAUAAAAUGUCCCAAGCUUGUACAUUAGUUGGGUUUCCAAAUAUAUAGUUGGACAGAUUGUAACUAUCCCUUUGCUCCCAUACAACACUCUUAAAUAUACAUCCAAUACUUAAAAAACAUAAAAUUAAAAAAAUAAAACAAGACUAACAUUAACUCCCCAAUCAUAUAAUAUGAUAUAGCUAAAUUUGUGAUGUUAGUCAUUUAUAGUAUUUUAGUUUGAAAUCCGAUGCUCGUCUUUUUUGCUGGUUUACGUAGACCAGGAGUGUCAAACUCAUUUUGAUUUUUUGCCAUAUUCACAUCAUGAGUGUUCUCAAAGGCCGUGUUAUGGCAGAAUGCAUUGAUAAAACAACCCAUUAACAAAUUGUUAAAACCUGAAUAAAUAUCUUUCUCUGCAUUCAAUGAGUUAAAGUUAAAUAAUAUUGAACAUCUUUUCACAUUGAUGUAAUUUGGCAGAAUGCAGAUAAAAACUGCACACUGCAAAAAUACAGUUGUAGAUAUGACAAGACAGUUAAAUUCUCUGAAGUAUGGGUGUAAACAACAUUAUCUUGAAUUUUCUAUUUAUAUUUUCCUCUAAACUCUAAUGGGCAACAUAAAAGGUUAUGGUAGCCCAGACUUUGCUCCCAACCUGGGCCUUGAGUGUAUAUGUGACAUAGACCUGCCUGAAUGUCUACAAACCAUUUAGGCCGAUUUUCAUCUUUAAAACAUACCUGUUGAAACUGGAAUUCGCCACUGUAUCAGAAUAUAUGCCAACAAAUCCAUAGGUUUGUUGUCUGGAUGGAAGGAAGGACUUUAGUAACUCUCAGCUCCUAAUCUGCCCAGGUAAAUUUAGAUAUGUUGCUAAGGAGAUUAAAAAAUAAAAAAAAUCAGAAGCUAUAAAUAGUGCAACCAGUUAUCCAGGUAACAUCAAUUGGUUAAAAGCAGUGAUAAAAUUAGCAAGUUCAACCACUGAAAACAUGCAUGCAGCAAUUCUCCAUUUAGGAAUAAUGGACAGGAUCUACUGCCUAAAAUGUAAAAGUAUUACAAACUGAUAAAAGUGAUGUAACAAAAUUUUUUAGAAUUUAUUUUGUAGAAUUAUUUUUCAGAGAGAUUUAUUUUGCAAAUCAGCUUGUUUUACAAAUCACACAAAAACAGUAAUUGCUCAAAUGAAAAAAUUAAACAUUCAUUUGCCAACAUGGGUCGUUCUAACUGGCAUGCUACAUAAAGAUUUACAUAUAUUCAUUUGUAAAUCAUGUUGAUUUUCUUUUUUCCAAUAGCUUAAUUUAACCACUAUAUAUUUUAUGAUUAAAAACGUUGCUUGUGCAAUGGACCUGGUUUGUUACAUGCUCAUAUUUUAAAGAGGGUGCUCUCUGUUUACAGUAGUUUAUGGUAUUUUUUUUUCUUUUGCAGGACAUUGCCGGACGAAGUGCAGAGCCACAUAAAUCAUUCAUCAGUGCUAACUCUUCGACGCAAAAGUCACAAUGACAUCAUCUCGUCCGCUCAUUUCCAACCUCACAAUGGACUGGAUUGAAAGCAUGGAGCGCUGGCAUCUUCAUCUGUUUUGCAUCCCCACUGCCAUCAUCUCUUUCGCCACAUUUAUAGCCAACCCUGUUCUGCUGGUCUGCAUUUUCCUGUCCCGUGCUUUGCGUAGGGAGACCCGCUACCUGCUGGUGGCCAACACCCUGAUCGCAGACAUGCUCUUCCUCAUCCUCAACCUGGUCACAUUGAUUGGUAAUGCUGUGAGAGCAGAGAUACCCUGGUUUGUUUGUGAGCUAUUCACAACUCUCCUUGUCACGGCCUACAGCUGUGCCAUCAUCACUGUGACACUCAUGGUGGUCGACACCUUUGCCGCCGUCCGCUGGCCUCUCCAGUACCAUAACCUUCUCAUGCCUGCCCAGACCAACUGCAUACUAGGGGUGGUUUGGUUGCUGUGCGCCAUUUAUCCGUUCACCUUAAUGAUGAUGAUGAAGGAAGAGCUUUCUAACGACAAUGUAACCGUGUGUUUGGCUCUCAUCUCCCUCGGUUUCUUUAAGGUCAAGAACAUAGGGGGGAUCGACAUGUACUUUCUUGUAGCAGCACUGAUCUGCACUUUUUUAAUUUUUUACUGCUACAUCCGGCUUUACAUGGUGACAAGGACGCAGGGAAUUUGGCACAGCCGCUUCUCUAGGGCUCGGGUCACAGUGCUGGUCCAUGGGGUUCUGCUGCUGCUCUACUUUGCCCCUGGCUUUGUUUUUGCCCUAGAGAUCUACAUCUUUCAGAGGAAAAACGUAAGUCAGGAUCUUCGCGUGUGGAUCAGCACGGUCAAUGCUAAUUUUCUCAUGCUGCUUCCCAGAGCAUUUGCUCCUUACCUGUAUGGGCUGAGGUACCGAGAGAUUUCUGAAAGUCUCACACUUCUGCUACACCGUCACAGAAGAAACAGAGAAAACACAUUAUCAUAAAGACUCUUAGGAUCUGCCCACAAUUAAGACCUAUUACCACUAGGUUUGUAUUGGGGGCUAUCUAUUUUGUAUGAUAUAUUCAUUGACUGUACAUACAUAAUGCCAUCAGGGCUAGAUUUUUGUAAUUGGUUGCAUAAAGGUCUGUAUUUUACUAAAAAAAAACUCUAACUUUUGUUUAUGAAUAUAUAUCAAAAUACACUUUUUGCAACAUUAAAGGUGCAGUAUGUAACUUUUAUAUAUAAAAGUGUUUUUCACAUAUCUUUUCAACCUCACUGUGUCCUGCCAGGAUAACAUCAGACAGAUAAUCUGUGGAAAAAAAUUUAAAAAUUAUAUUUUGCCUCCUCCCUGUGGUCCUACUGCCAUAUGAAGAAAUACACUGCUCCCAUUCAGAAACAACCAAUCAGAGCAAUGAGGAGAGUAGAUGGCAGAAGUAUGGUGAUAUGACGUUGACUGUACCAGGGGGCAGAGGAGCUUGAUUUUUUCACAGAGGAUCUCCCUCUUAUUAUACUGUCAGAACAUUGUAAUAAUUGUAAAAACUUUUUAUAUAUAUUUAUAUGUAAAAACUUAUUUCUCAAAUAUAGAGUCACGAGUUGCAGUGCACCUACUGCAGCUUUCAAUGCUAACAGGAUCAGAUAAACUAAAUCUGAAAAAUUUUACUUGUGUUCUGAAAAUCAGGGUUGGGAUCUUGAUUGCUGCCCUGAUUUCCUUGUCCGUAAAAGUCCUGCACUGUACACACUUUUGUUUGAAAUAGUUUUUCUUUAGGAUUAAUAUGUUUUCAGUCAGUGCUGAAAUUUUAAAUCCAAAUGGAAAUUUUGUCAAUCUCAGGAAAUGUGUGGAUGUGAAAUGAUCAAAUGUUUUCACUGUCGAAAAAGCAGCUGACUUCUUAUUUCUCAAUUUUUUAGAUUACGGUUCAUGAAUCAAUAAUAUAGUUAAACACACAAAAACCAACUAGAUAUUUUUUAAACACAUAAUGCCAUGACUAAAUAUACCCUUUCUUUUUAGUUAUAAGAAAAAACAUUCAAAAUAAUUGUCAGUUUGACAUUUUCCUUAGUUACUGACUUCCAGAAACAGCAAGCAGUGAAAAGCUGUUAUCUUGCUAGUUUUUAACUGCUCAAAUUCAAUUCAAAGAUACUUUCUAAAUCCCAGCAGAAAUUAAAUACAAUAAUAAUAAUAAUUGUUAUCAUUAUUAUUAUUAUUAUUAUUAUUAUUAUUAUUAUUACUAUUAUGUUGCAUUCUUACUGCUAUUAGAACACUUACUCCAUCUUACAUUGGAUUAACUUGAAGUCCUAUUUACUAAAUGUGCCAUUUUCUUACAAUCUCACCACUUAGAAGUACAUUAUUUUGUUAUGAGGUUUUUCCUGGUUAAGUCUUCAAACUAUGGCUGGUGAAUUCUCUUUUAUGGUGACCAUGUUGCAUGUGUUGCACAUCUGGAUAGCUUGCAGUUUAUUUUGUGUAAUGAGAGUAUUUUUAAUCACAUCGUGCAUAGUUAAUUUGCCCUAUUUUGUAUAAUUUCAAAUGAAAGUGUUCUUUUCAGGACUGCACUGUGAAACAGUUGUUAGCACUGUUGCUUUGCAGCAAGAACAUCCUGGGUUUGAUUACUAGUUGCGAUAUUUCUCCCUGAACAUGCAUGGGUUCUCUCAAGGUAUUUCAGCUUUCUCCCGCAGAUCAAAGGCAUACAUGUAAUUUUAGCUGACCACUCCAAAACUGAGGCCUGAGUGUGUGAGUAUAUGGAAGUUUAAUAUGUAUUUCCGUUGACCUGUGAUGCAAAUGUCCAGGCUAUAUGCUGCCCCUUGUCCUUUCACCAUUUAUUUGGAGACCUAAAUAACCCUGCAAAGAUAAAGACGGGACAGAGAACAAACAGAAAGUUUUUUUUUUAUUUUCUAUGCUCUCUUCAGCGGCACUACAUUUAAAUGUCUUGUGAUCUGUAACCUUUUAUCGUCAGUUAAUUCUUUAUUUUGUCAUACUGUUGAAAACGUUCUAAAUUAUUAUCACUCUUCUGUCAAAUUUUUCUGACACUCUUAAAAUAAAGGACAAUCCAUUUCAUUUAAGAAAUCUCUUAAUUAACAAUUGCAAAGUCAAUGUGUUAUAUGCUGGCUGAUACAUAAUUUCCAACGAGGAUGCAACAUCGCUGCAGCCUGUAGUUAUUUGUUAUAUGGUGUAUUUUGUUAUUUAAAGAACUCAGUUUGAUUAAUAAGUAUUUCCUAUUUUGUGCCUGAGAGGUCUGAAAUUUCUAUAAACGUUACACAAGCACUGCUAAGCUUGUUAAAUUUGUAUGUUUAUGUUUGGAGAUUUAACAAUUUUGCUAUGUAAAAUGUACUGCCUGAUGUUGUAUAAAAAGUCUUGUGGAACAUGUU